AUGAAGGUUGAGAUUGUUGACUGGCAAGCAGUGGCAUCGUGGCAUUGGGACCUAAAAGAUGAUUCCAUCACUGACGAAUUGUGUGGGAUUUGUAGAGUUGCCUUUGAUGGUACAUGUCCUAAUUGUAAAUACCCUGGGAAUGAAUGUCCUUUAAUUCUAGGAGCAGGAUGCCAACACAACUUCCAUUUACAUUGUAUACUACAAUGGCUAGAACAAGACACUUCCAAGGGGUUAUGUCCAAUGUGUAGACAGGUAUUCGAGUUUAGAAAGGAUUUCAACACUGUGACCAAGGACAUAAAUAGUCUUCUUAUGUUGAUAGAUGGUCAUAAAUCAAUGAGAGACCGAGAGGUUGACGAAGAGUUCGAUUCCUUCGAUGAUGACCUAAGAAUGAACGAUUAG